UCAAUCCGCAUUAUUUUAUAUAUGAUUUUUAUUAAAACAUGUGAAGAUAUUGAAACGAAAACAGAACCACAUGGUUUAGUUAGUUAACGCGACGUCAUCCAUUUCCGUCGUAGUCGUUCAUUGAUUUUUUGUUGGUGUUUUUGUAACUUCAAUACCAUAUAAGAUCGCAAAAUUUUAUAAGGCUCCUCUGGCUGGCUGGCUCAUCCUAAAUUUAUAAAAAAUGGAAAAUGAUCAUAUUAUUACAUUGCCAUCCGGCGAUGAUCGAGCCCGAAAAAGUUUACGGCGGACUUGGAAUCAGCUGCCGCGUUGUCAACGCAAUCUCAUUAUCUUGGGCAUAAUGGCAUUGUGUCUGAUGAUACUGCUAUAUUUGCCGGGCGAUCAAAUAAUACACGAUGCCGAUGGGCAACCCAAGCCAGCUCCCCAACCUUUGCAUAGGGAUAAUGUGCCACUAAAUCCCCAUCAUCAUCCUAAUAUCAAUAAGGACACACUGCCACAGGUGGUAACGGAAUUACCAGCUGUUGCAGAUCGUCUUGCAGAUAGUAUAAUAAAUCAAAAUAUAGUCGACGGCGAUGAGGGCGCCAAUGAUAAGUUAAAUGAGCAAGUUGCUUACGGCGAACCCAAUUCAGCUGAGAAUGUUGUCAGGCUACCGGAAACAAAUGCCGCCGCUGUUGUCGCUUCCCGUGACAAUGAUAAUGAUGAAGGCGCAAUGGUAGACAAUGGAGCCGAUGAGAUAAAUAAUAUUGACAGCGAAUUUGUUGAAAAGAAAGUUACAACUUUGAAUGAUCAACUCAACGAGGCGAUUCAGCAUCCAUUAAGGUUAGGUGGUGUAAGUAUUUCUGAGCACUUGCGAAAAAUUCAACCUCUGUUGGCCAAGGAGCAACACUUCCAUGGGGCUUCCAAUGAGCGUCAAUCGGCUGUGGUGGCAGCUUUCAAACAUUCGUGGGCUGGUUACAAGAAGUACGCCUGGGGCCAUGAUAAUCUAAAGCCAGUGUCGCAAACCUCUCACGAAUGGUUCGGACUGGGGCUGAGCAUUGUUGAUUCCCUGGACACCAUGUACAUAAUGGGUCUGGAUGAGGAAUUUAAGGAGGCCAGAGAUUGGGUAGAAAAGUCUCUAAAAUUCAAUACCAAUCGGGAAGUGAAUCUCUUUGAAACCACCAUAAGAGUCUUGGGUGGUUUACUUUCGGCCUAUCACUUGAGUGGCGAUAAGAUGUUCCUUGUUAAAUCUGCCGAACUGGGCAAUCGGUUAUUGCCUGCUUUUCUCUCGCCAUCGGGCAUACCAUUUUCGGAUGUAAAUCUUGAAGAUUUGUCGGCUCAUUCGCCAAAAUGGUCACCGGACAGUUCAACAAGUGAAGUCACCACAAUACAAUUGGAGUUUCGUGAUCUUAGCCGCUCGACAAAUGUGUCGAUUUAUGAACGCAUGGCCAGCGGUGUAAAUGAGAAGCUACAUUCACUGGACAAGACGCACGGAUUAGUGCCCAUAUUUAUUAAUGCAAAUACUGGCACGUUUCGAAACUAUGCCACCAUUUCAUUGGGAGCACGCGGUGAUUCCUAUUACGAGUACUUGUUAAAACAAUGGAUUCAAACGGGUCGCAAGGAUAACGAUAAUCUCAUCUUGGAUUAUAUGCAGGCCAUAGAUGGUGUACUUACCCAAUUAAUGCGCCGUACUCCACGGGAACAUUGGGUUUACAUUGGCGAAUUGAUAAAUGGAAAGGAUUUCAAACCGAAAAUGGAUCAUUUAACUUGCUACUUGCCAGGCACACUACUUUUAGGUCAUCAAAAUGGCAUGCCGGACUCCCAUUUGAUAUUAGCCAAGGAUUUAAUGGAUACCUGCUAUCAGACUUACACUAGACAUCCAACGCACUUGGCACCAGAGAUCACAUACUUUGCCACAACCGAUAAGGAAGAGCAGGAUAUGUACGUGAAGCCCAACGAUGCCCACAAUCUUCUACGUCCCGAGUUUAUCGAGAGUUUAUAUUAUUUCUACGCAUUAACCGGAAAUCGAACCUAUCAGGAUAUGGGGUGGCUUAUCUUUCAGGCUUUCGAAACGCACGCCAAAGUUGAAGCUGGUUACACAUCUUUGGGCAAUGUAAAGAACACCCAGAAUACCCGGAUGCGUGAUCUAAUGGAAAGUUUUUGGAUGAGUGAGACCCUGAAGUAUUUCUAUCUGCUGUUCAGUGAUAAUCGCAAAGAAAUCGAUUUGGAACAAUGGGUAUUCAAUUCGGAAGGUCAUCCACUGCCAGUUUAUCCGACUGCAUCGUGAUCCUUGUCAAUGUUUUAACAUUUGCGCAACUGAGUUGUGCCAAUCUCAAUUGGGAACUCGAUAUCAAAAGAUCUUGAUAUCAAUUGUUGCAGCAUUCACUUGCAGCAAUAUUUAUUUCUUUUUUACUUAAAGUGUAGCGCAAAAGCCAAAUACUAUGCUAAGCUAGAAUUGCUUAGGAUUAGUGUGUAAAACGAAGCGAAGCAAUGCACUACCCCCUCCCCAAACACAACACACUUGCACACACACACACACCCAUACAUACACACACCAGUCUACUUACUAUAUGAUAUUUGUACUGAUAGCUGUUAUUAAUUUGUAAUUAUUUAUUUUCUUAUGCUAAGCACUUACUUAAGAACAAUGUGAAGCAUAUUUUUGCUGUUAGUUUCAUCUCAUUAGUUGUAAUGUAGUAGUUUUCUGUUUUAAAUGGUUUUUAGACACGGAUAUUAUAAUUUUUUAAUUAUAGCUGCACAUUCAACUAGUUUAUCUCUAAUGGAAACAUUAAUAAACAAAAUCGAAUACGAGUAUAUAAUAAAUAUGAACUAAACCCAAUACUAGUUUGGGAUUAUCAAAUUGGUAUUGUGAAAUAUCAAAUUUUUUUGUGUAAAAUAUUAACACUUUGUAAUAUUUAAAAACUUUCAACAAUGCAAACAUGAUCGGUGGAGCUAUCUUUAGAUCAAUUAAACAUAAAUGCAAUUUGUAAAUGUUCAAUAUGUCUACUUCUUAAAGUAGGUAUGAUUUCUACCAACUUGAUAAUAAAAAUCAAUAAGUAAAAUAUAAAGUGCAGCAAUUUA